AGUGGCAUGAGCCGACGCCGACCCAUGAAGUGACUGCUCUCGCUCUCUCCCUCCCCCUUUCCACCAUCCUCAACACCACAAUGACAGCAUCGACAGCGCCGUCUUUUGCCAAAGCGCUCAAGGCCGUCGAGGGUCUGUACGUCACCGAUUAUUCUACCCACGAUCUACGCUUCCCAACCUCACUGAGCGGCGAUGGGACAGACGCAAUGAAUACUACGUGCGACUACUCGGCCGCCUACGUGGUCUUGUACGUGGGUCCAAAGGGUACUCCGAGAGCUGAACCGCCAUCGAGUAUCGAUCAGCAGCAGCAGGAAACCGCUUUUUUGCGCGGUCACGGUAUGACGUUCACCAUUGGGCGAGGAAAUGACAUCUGCUGCCACGCCAUCGAGUCGAUCUGCUCCGGCAUCCUCUUGGGCUCUUCGCUCACGGAGCUCUUCAGCGACAUGGGUGCGACAUGGCGUCAGCUGGUCGGAGACCCGCAGCUUCGUUGGCUCGGGCCGGAGAAAGGCGUCAUCCACCUGGCGACAGCAGCCGUCAUCAACGCGCUGUGGGACCUUUUCGCUCGCGCCGAGGGCAAGCCCUUGUGGCGUCUUGUGAGCGACAUGACUCCGCAAGAGGUUGUGGACCUCAUUCCAUUCCGUUACAUCACUGAUGCGCUGACGAAGGAGGAGGCGCUGGCCAUUUUGCAAGGCAAUGCGAGCAGCAAGACAGACAGACGAAAGCAUAUGGAAUCGCGAGGCUACCCGGCAUAUACGACCAGCGCCGGGUGGUCAGGAUACGAUGACGACAAGGUCCGCAGGCUCACGAAAGAGGCGCUCGCAGCAGGCUUCACCCACUUCAAAAUCAAGGUCGGCACCUCUCUCGAAGCCGACAAGCGUCGCUUAGCUCUGGUGCGAGGCAUCGUUGACGAUCCAGCCCAGAUGCCAGCAGGCUACGUCAAGCCAGCAGCGGAGCGCCUCGUAGGCAAGAAUGCGAGCGAGCGCACAGGCUGCGUAGUCAUGAUCGACUCGAAUCAGGUCUUCGACGUGCCCGAGGCGAUCGAGUACGUCUCUGCACUCAAGGAGUAUCGUCCCUGGUUCAUCGAGGAGCCCACAGCGCCCGACGAUGCGCUAGGUCAUGCAGCUAUUCGCAAAGGACUGGCGGAGCAUGGCAUUGCCGUAGCUACGGGCGAGCACGCUCAUUCCCGAAUCGUCUUCAAGCAGCUUCUCCAGGCAGACGCCAUUGACGUCGUUCAGAUCGACUCGUGCCGACUGGCGGGCGUGAAUGAGGUGCUGGCAGUCAUGCUCAUGGCCAAGAAGUUCGGCAAGAUAGUGAGCGGCGUGACGGCACGAUGAGUACUUCCCGCCCUUACUGACAGCUCUUGCAUCCUCAUCCUCGGCGCAGGUCUGCCCACACGCAGGCGGCGUGGGCCUUUGCGAGUACGUGGUCCACCUCAGUAUGAUCGACUACGUCUGCAUAGCAGCCAACCACGACCGCAAUGUCUUGGAGUGGGUUGACCACUUGCACGAGCACUUCGUUGCCCC